AUGGCCCCUUCAGCAGUGGAAACCGCCACAACCACCGAGCCCACCAAGGCUCCCACUCUCCGCUUCAACACUGCGUACCCCCCCCUCACACCCUUUGAGCACUACGAGCACGGCAAGGACGCCGACACGACGUAUCCAAACCUGCUCCCCCCGUCGGUCAAGGUCGAGCACCUGACGCCCACCAUCGGCACCGAGGUCAAGGGCAUCCAGCUGAGCAGCCUGUCGAACGCGGGCAAGGACGAGCUGGCGCGCUUCGUCGCCGAGCGCAAGGUCGUCGCCUUCCGCGACCAGGACUUUGCCGACCUUCCAAUCGAGAAGGCCCUCGAAUUCGGCAGCUACUUUGGCCGCCACCACAUCCAUCCCACCUCCGGCUCGCCCGAGGGCUUCCCCGAGAUUCACCUGGUCCACCGCGGCGCCAAGGACAAGUCCGCCGAGACCUUCUUCGAGUCGCGCACCUCGUCCGUGGCCUGGCACUCGGACGUCACCUACGAGCAGCAGCCUCCCGGCACCACCUUCCUGUACAUCCUCGACAAGCCGGCCUCCGGCGGAGACACCCUCUUCUGCAACGGCGUCGAGGCGUACAACCGUCUUUCGCCCUUCUUCAAGGAGCGCCUCCACGGCCUGCACGCCGUCCACUCAGGAAUCGAGCAGGUCAACGCCUCGGUGGCCAAGGGCAGCAUAAAGAGGAGGGAGCCGGUCAGGAGCGUCCAUCCGAUUGUGCGCACUCACCCUGGUACGGGAGAGAAGGCCCUUUUCGUGAACCCUCAGUUCACUCGUGAAAUUGUCGGCCUGAAAAAGGAGGAAUCCGACGCCAUCCUCAAGUUCCUCUACGAGCACAUCGCCUGGGGAGCUGACUUCCAUGCCCGCGUCAAGUGGGAAGAGAAAACUGUCGUUGUCUGGGACAACCGCGUCACGCAGCACACUGCCCUCGUCGACUGGAAGGAUGGCGACAGGCGCCAUCUGGCCCGCAUCACACCCCAGGCUGAGAGGCCAUACGAGACGCCGUAUCAGGCUUAG